AUUUUUUUUCUCUUUAUAUAUAUAUGCUAUGUAUUAUCCCGAUGAAAUUUCUAUAAAAGUAACCUACGCGACCUACGUGAUGAACGCGUUCUAUUCAUAUAGGGACAGAUAAAUAGAUGUGCAUAUUUUACAUGGCUAGCCUCACAAAUAUCGAGGGAUAUACCCGGUCUAUUAUUUCCAGGAGGGGCCAUGUCGUAGAUGGAGAGUCCUGAGUAUUUUAAUGCUCAUUUUGAGCUACGCAGACCCAAUUAGAGCCCGCGCUCUACUAGACAACUCCCGGCAACAUCCAACGGCCCACACAGUGUGCCAUCUUCCCAAUUUCCCUCACAUGGCUUGGGUUAACCCGGGGCUAUGGUAACAUUCACUCGCCCAUGUUGAAUCGCCGUCAAGAGGAAUCGAACCCUGGUCUCCCGCACAGAGCACGAGAGCUAUAACCACUAAUCUACGGCGCCACAAACGACGAUGGAAUUCCUAAACGCUAACCCUAAAAUGGACGUGGUAAUUGCAAUGCAUUGUAUGUUUUAAUGCGCGACCUAAUACCUGACCUACAUGACCUACGCAUUGGUCAUGUAGGUCAUGUAGGUCCCAUAUACUACACUGGCUUAUAAACUCUGAUUUCUUAUUCAAAUAUGCACUGUCAUCAAAUAUACCAUAUGUGAUCCCUUAAAAUUUAUGUCUAUAAAGUAUAUACAUCUGUAACUGAACACCUUUCUUUGUAAACUGCAUGUACAAAGGGAGAACAAAGUGCACUACACAGACCACACAGAAACGGCACCUAGGAAGAAGCACAAAAUGCCACUAUAGGGUGGGUGGAAAUUUCCAGCAUCAUUCUCGUCUUUUCCAUGAUGCUAUAGCAUGGGUUGGACACGGGGUAUAAUAAUGACCCUCUUCCAAUCUAAUCUAAACUGUAGCACAUCCUAAAAAGCUGCUACUACUUCAUAUUUUAACUACUUAAAGCAUAAUAAUCAUGAGUCAUAAAUUUUUCAUCCAAUGAGAGUAAUAUUUGAAAUCUACUCGAUUUCGGUUUCAGUGAUUGUAAUAUAUAUAUAUAUAUAUAUAUACCUACUGUAGUUGCUUUUUAUCAUGAAUUUGUUUUUUUAGCCUUUUUGUCUCAAAAAUAACUGAAUUUCCGCAAUUUUUUUAAUAAAACAAUUAAAAUCAUAAAGAAAAAAACUUUUUUUUCUGUAAAUCUUCUAUGAAUGGAUCUAAUACUGAAAUUAUGUAUUAUGUAUGUACAAACAGGGGCGUAGCCAGCGUCAGUCAGGCUCUGCGAUCGACUGACCUACUUUUUUCAUCCCAACACGUCGUUUUUUUCACCGCCCCCGCCAACACAUGGAUGGGCGCACUGAUUAUGCAUCGGCACAAAUCUUUUCCCGGGCGGCACACACAAGCUUCGCGCCUUCGCAUGUCGUUUUUGCAGGAUUUAGCAGUAUCCACUUUGUUUUGCAGGCUGAGGUGUUGAAUCUCUACUUUGUUUCGCAGAUAGUUUUUUCGCAGGAUUACAUGCGAAAUUUAUGCCCAUGUAAAGUCAUGUGUCUUCAAUUUAUGGUCAUUUUGGACGCAUCCUAUUGGCUAAUAACUUUCGCAGAUAGGGUAAAAAUUCGCUCCUUAUAAGGCUAUAUGAAAAUACGCGAAAAAAUUAAAAAUGAAAUCAAGGUCAGUGAAGUUGCGAAGGUGAAGAAAUCAUGAUGGUGUUAUCAAACGUGAAGUCAUAUUUAGCUUCAGAAAAUUUGAACGACCUUCAAAAAGUUUCAAGCUCUUUGAGAACUAUGCUGGAUAAUAAACUGAGAGAUCCCGAUUUCUCAGUUUUAUUAGAUGAAGGCGCUGUGAAACGAAACGAAGAAGCUGAAAGUUUCAUCCCAAAGGAUCAUCUGCUAGCCAUCAGCUGUAAGGAUAAUUCUAUUCGGGCUCUCAGGUCAGUGACAGACGGUGAUUGUUUAUACAGCAGUGCUUCUCUGGCUGUUUCAGGUACGAAUGAUUUAAUAGAUGAGCUUAGAGCUUUAACUUGCAUAGAGCUUUUCGAAAAUUCUCUAUUCUACUCAAACCAUCCAAUUUUUGUAUCUUUAUUUCAAUCUUCAGAUUUGUUUUCCUGUGUAGAAAGUACAUUAAAGUUUUCAGUUAGCCAUUCCUCUGUAGACACAGGUCUUUCGGCAGCAGAUCUUGUACAGAAGGAAGCUAUUCUUAUGUGCAGUAAAAACAUAUGGUCAUCUUUUAUCUGUAUACUUGCCCUUACCAGUGUAUUAAAAAGAAAUAUUUCAACUUUAUAUCCCGAUUGUGGUCAGCUACGAUUCAAGACGCUUUUCAAUCAGAAUAUUUUUCUGAAAACGUAUGUGUCUCAUCACCAAAUUUUUCCUCUUCAUUAGGCCAAACAACAUUAGUUAAUCAAUGUGGUACUUCUGGCACUAAUGAGGAGACUUCUUCCAUUUCAAAAAAGCCAACCUUUAACUUUAAAAACUUUUUUGUCAAAGGAAAUGCUAAGUUAAAACCUAUUACACCUGAAAAUAUGAUGUAGGCACUUAUUACAAGCAAGCUCCACACCUUAGUGAUCAUGAUAUAGUCACAUAUGUUGAUAACGUAACAAAACCUGAUCAAGGAUUCACUUUUCCUAGGGACAAACUUAAUAGGCGAUUUCGAUAUGUUUGGUUUGCUCAAUUUCCGUGGCUAGCAUAUUCUAAUCACAUGGAUGCUGCGUUUUGUCUGCCUUGCACAUUAUUGCAUCAAAAAAUAAAUUUAAAAUCUGCAUUAGCUACUUAUCUUAUUUCAAAGGGGCAGAACUACUGGAAUGAUAGUGUUUCGGUCUAUAAAAAACAUGAAAAAAGUGCUCUUCAUAAGGACACCUCUUCUAUUUUGACUUCUUUAAGGACUAACCAGUCAGGUACAACCAAAAAAAUUAAUGAACUGGUAUCUACUAUGUAUUCCAAAAAGGUAGAAGCCAACAGAAUUUUUUUAGCAGCUAUUAUUGAUACAGUUAUUCUUUGUGGCUGCCUAUGCAUUUCCCUGAGAGGACACAGAGACAACUUAAAAGAUUUUCCUGAAGUUGGUGGCUAUGCUCCUUAUUCUGUUGGCAAUUUUCUUGACCUUUUAAAUUAUAGAGUAAGAGGGGGUGAUAUAGCUUUAGGUAAUCAUUUAAAAGCCUGUUCAAAAAAUGCAACUUACUUAUCACCACAAACACAGAAUGAAAUUAUUUCAUGUUGUGGUGAUUAUAUAACAGACAAAAUAAUAUCUGCAGUUAAACAAGCUAAAUUUUUUUCAAUAAUUUGUGACGAAGCUUGCGACACAUCUACCAAGGAACAAAUGUCAGUAGUACUUCUUUUUGUAGACCAACAUUGUAGCUUGCGAGAGGAAUUCAUAAGGUUUGUUCAUUGUAGUGAAGGGCUCUCAGGUUUGUCUCUUUCAAAGGUCAUUUUAAAAACCUUGAAUGAACUUUCUCUUGACAUACAGAAUUGUCGAGGUCAAUGUUAUGAUGGUGCUGGGAAUGUAGCUGGUAAAAUUAAUGGUUGUCAGGCUCAUAUUUUAAAGCAAAACAGAUUAGCUUUAUACACACACUGUUCUUCUCAUCGCCUAAAUUUAGUUGUCUGUAAUUCGUGCUCUGUACAUUAUGUCCGCAACAUGAUGGAUCAAAUCAAACAGAUAACAUAUUUUUUCAAAUUUUCUGAAAGUAGAUUGAAACUUUUACGAAAGAAUGUUGCUGACUUUACUAACAAUCCUAAUUAUGCCCAAUUAUGCUCGAAGAAUAGAAAAUGGAAGUAAAAAGUCUUACUUGUACUUAGAAAAUAAAAUAUAAGCUAUUAUUGACAAAA